GCCCAAGACAGUUUUACAUCUUGAGGCCGAAGGAACAUCUCAGGGGCUAGAUUGGGGGGAUCUUGCCAUCGUGAGGUAGGGCCUAUCGAUCAGGGCUCCGUCUGGCAGCUGAUCAUGCACAUCUGUGGAUGGAUCAUGAUCGGGGUGGUCGACCUGGCCCUCGAUCAGCAGGAGUUCCUCACUUCGGUAUCUAUCGGGCCCGCUGGAUCUGGUUUAGGAUUAGGGCUGGGGGUGAAUCUAAGGAGAUGGAGCCAGGAGACGUGCUCUUCACACACAGCAACCUGCUUCACAUGUCCGCGCCCAACCACUCGGAGCACUGGCGUCGCGUGAUGAUAGUCGCGUACAACGGCAGGGACAACUCCCCCUUCGAGGACGCCACGAAGAACAUGAUAUGCCCCGUCUACGAGCAGAUCCGCGUCGUCGACGACGGAGCAGUGAAGCGUGUGGGCGCCAAGGGCUUGCUCGGCCAGAGCAAGGGAACGACCCUCUCCGGCAGGCAGGCGGGCUUCCUGGACCACGGGCAGAACGUCCGACAGUUCGCGAGGGGAGCCCGGUAGCGCGGUAGAGCAAGGCGCGCGGCUCGAGAGCUCGCGCCUGGCCGUGCGCUGUUUUCAAACUGUUUUAAAGGCUUGGCCCCCGCCAUGUCGUCGGCCCCUUUAGAGAGCACUCUGCUCCGUGGAGUGCUCUUCGGACCGAGGUCGAUCGCCAACUGCCCCGUGCCGCACGCCGCCAAAGCGUGGCGCUGCGCGACUCGGGCGCUGGGGCGGGGAGGAGCUCGACCCUGCGAUCUCUUGCGACCUCUGCCCCGUCAGGUCGGAUCAGCGCCGGGGCAUCGGGUACCCCCCGCCAGGGUUCGUUGCAGACUUACCAGCCUGGAGCAUGCCCGUGCAUCGACAGACUGUCGCCCCCUUUCUCCUGCGCAUUGGCGCCCAUACUGCAUUGCUCUUUCCCCCCCCCUUCCCCC